CCUCCAAUCUUUUUACAGAUCAUCCAGUGGCCAGCCGAGACAGCAGCAGGAGAGGGAAGAAAGAGACAGACGAGCCAUUCUUCAUCGAGUAUUCGCAUCAAGACGACGGAUUUCAUCCAUUUCAAGACUGUAAUUCUGAUCGCCUCGGCCUGCUGCACUUUAUGAACGGGGCUUGAUCCCCCCUUUCCCGCUGCAUUGUGUCGGUAGCCCGAACGCGACGUCGCGCCCAUGACCGUCGCCCAACCACCAGCUUACAGGCUGAUCGGCAUCGUCAACUUCAUCGGCGCCGACACUGCCAGCAAGCCCUAGCCAUCGACUGCACCUCUUCGCACACGCCCUUUUUCUCCCUCCCACCAAUCCACUCCACUUCUCCUCCCCUACUACGGCUGCCGAGGCCGCGAUCUCGGCAUCCCACCUGCCAUGCCUGAUAUAGAUCCUGCGGCCCUGAGCCGCCCGUCCAUCAGCAUCUCAACACCGACCCUCAAGUCCAUCACCGUCUCUGCGCCGACCACGCAGAAGGUCACCAAGACGAGCCAGAUCAUCCCCACCCGUAUCGACCUUGAACCCCUCUAUACUGCUCUAAAAUCUACUAUAGGCGCCGAACAAUGGAACACCUACAAGGAUGCCAUCACCCAGUUCGUACUAGGCCGGUUGAACCAGGCCGAGUUCUCGGAGCGCAUUGAUCCCAUCCUAUCCUGCCCCAACGGCGACAAGAACCACCUGCACAACCAGCUCCUCGCUGCUAUAUAUGGGAACCUCACGCGAGAGAUGCCGGACCAAGGAGUCGCGCCCUGGGUUUCUGCCAACGACAAACCCGCCGCUAAUGUCGGCGCUAAACCUAUCACCGGCGACGCUGCCGAGCGGAGGCUGAAGGGUGAAGUCAUGCAGCUCCCGAGCCGUGAUCGCAGACGGAUCAAGGAAUUGGCCCAGAAUGAUUUCGAUCCCUUCGAAUCCAUGACCAACAUGUUCUCCGAACACCACCGAGGCAGGACCACCCGCGCCCCCGACGUCCCUCAGAGCGCAAACGGCCUGAAUAAGAUGAACUUGGAUCUGGAGAUCCGCAAGCGCUUCGCUCAGCCUCUAGCUGUAGAGUCGGGAGAGUUCCCCGACAUGGCCAGCAUAGAGUCUAGAAUGCUGCCGAUAUGCUACGAAUCAGGCCUCGUCAACGGACACAGUCCGGAUGCCGGCCAAUUCAUGACGGUCGCCACCGAGACCUUCAUCAAGGAGUUCCUUUCGGUUGUCUUCAGCCGGACGAGGAGCAACGGACCGGGAGAUUCCGGGAGCGCUGGAUUCGGCGCCGGCCCGGGCUGGAUUCAGACCCAUCGGUAUCGCCGCCAGCUAAGGCGCGAAGAGGCAGCGCUUGCCCGAGGGGAGCUAUCCCGAGAUAAAAGCGGACUACUUCCCGUCGAGGCGAAGGCUGCGAGCGAGAGACCGCCGCUGAGCAUGGCCGACCUGCGACUUGCCUUAGAAAUCGGCGACUGCGGCUUAGGUUCGUUCCCUACCGUGAGGAAGUCGGUUGUAUAUAACUACAGAGACGGCGAGCUCGAGCACUACAGCAACUACACCUGGCUCCACGGCCACAAGCCCGAGGACUUGGAACGUGUCGGCACGGGAGUCGUAAAUGGUGCGGGCCCCGACCCUCUCACAAACGGCGGCUUCCUCCCAGAGCCGAUGGAUAUCGAUGAUGAGGAGAUGGCAUGGGAGGGUGCGAGCCCCCAGGACAUGUCGGGGCUCGAUAGCGUCUUGGAUUCGUGCCUGGCCGCCCCAUAGUAUGCAUCAGCUCUAUUAACGCGCUGCGUGCCUCGAGACGAGAAGGAAUCGGAGCGAGAGUCCGACUAGAGUUCCCAGAGACGGCGCGGUUACGAGUCUUGGGUUGCGAACUCACCCGGGGCUAACACGUGGUCACGUAUUUUUGCAUUGGCAUAAAGGCGUCAUUCAUCGGUUGCAUUUGCUCGUUCUGUACCACUACCACCCCCCAAAAAUAUCGAGCAGGCGGGAGGGAUUCUGGCGUUUUCGUUGUGCGGUUCGUUCCGGUGGAUGUACUACGUUUUUCUAUCACGAUACCCCCUCCGCCAUUCAGAGGUACGAAACGAGUCCCAAGCUCUAGGUUCCCCUGAACCGCCAUGUAUUAGCACUAGAGACAGUUAGAUAAAGAGGCGUGUAAAUACGUGCCGGAUAUUUAUCCAUCUCUAAUAGGGUUGCGAUUGACCCAUUGAC